AUGGCACCCCUCCUUUCGCACCUCCCCUCCGCGCCCUCCCUCCUAUCCAUCACAGCCGCCCUCCUCGCGCUCUACUUCGCGUACACCCGCACCCUCGCCUGGUACCGCCUACGACACAUCCCCGGCCCCCCUCUCGCCUCCUUCUCAUACCUCUAUAUGCUCAGCGCGACGAUCGGCGGGCAGCAAUCCGAGAGCUACCGCGCCCUCACGGACAAGUACGGCCCCCUAGUGCGAAUCGGGCCGUACGACCUGCUGACAGCGGACCCGGAGGUGGUGCGGCGGAUGAACGGCGCGCGCUCGGGGUACCGGCGGUCGACGUGGUACUUCGCGUCGCGGAUGGACCCGUACCUGCCGUCGCUGUUCAACAUCAUGGACACGGGCGCGCACGACCGGCUCAAGGCGCAGCUGAGCAGCGGCUACGGCGGGAAGGAGAACCCGGGCGUCGAGGAGGGCAUCGACGAGCAGCUCGCGGCGCUGGUGGGGCUGCUGCGGCGCAGGUAUGUCGCGAAGGGGGAGGGGGAGAUGAGGCCCGCGGAUUUCGCCAUGAAGGCGCAGUUCUUCACGCUCGAUGCCAUCACGAAGAUCGCGUAUGGUCGUGCGUUUGGAUAUCUGGCCACGGACUCCGAUGUCCAUGGGUACAUUGCCGCUGCCGAGGCCCAGGUGCGGACCAUCGGGGCGUUGGGGGAUGUGCCGUGGCUUGCUCGCCUUGUGUUUAGUGAGGCGGCGCUGAAGGUCAUCGGACCGAAGCCGACGGAUAAAAGCGGCAUGGGGAAGAUGAUGGCAAUUGCCCAGGAAGUUGCCGGUGAGCGAUACGGACCGGAUGCUAAGGACGAACAAGAUAUGCUGGGAUCAUUUGUCAGACACGGCCUCGCCCGGCGGCAGUGCGAGUCCGAGAUCCUCUUCCAGAUCAUCGCCGGCAGCGACACGACGGCCACCGCUAUACGGGGAACCAUGCUGAACCUGCUGACGACGCCGUUCGCGUACUUCAAGCUCCGCGACGAGAUCGACAAAGCCAUAGCGGAGCACCGGAUCUCGUCGCCCGUUAAAGCGGAUGAGGCUAAGGGGCUGGAAUACUUGCAGGCUGUCAUAUACGAGGGUCUGCGAAUCAACAUCCCCUUCUCGGGCCUGACGAUGAAGGAAGUACCCCCCGAGGGAGACACGAUCGACGGAAAGUUCGUCCCCGGGGGAACCCGCAUCGCCCACGCCUUUCUAUCCAUCCAGCGCUCGAAAGACAUCUUCGGGCCUGACGCGGAUCUCUUCCGGCCAGAGCGCUGGAUAGGUAUCGACCCCGAGAAGCACCGGGAGAUGACGCAGACGGUGGAGCUGGUAUUUGGGUAUGGCCGAUGGGGCUGUAGCGGGAAAGUGGUCGCGUUCAUCGAGCUGAAUAAGGUCUAUGUCGAGCUGCUGCGGGUUUUCGACUUCCAGUUGAUUCAUCCCAAGAACCCUAUGCACACCAGGAAUCGGAACAUGUUCUUUCAGAAACACAUGUGGGUGAAGAUCACCGAGAGGUGAGAAAGGCCUCGAAACAAGACGAAUUCACUAUAUGUAGGGGUAGUUUGGUUUGGUGUCUUUCAGGAAUAAGGAGUACGAAACUCCUUACGGAUGUUUGAAAUCGAUAUUUUGAGUGUGAGAAUAAAUACCUAGGCAAACAUGUGGAUAUGAUUUCCUAUACGAACAAUGAGAAGCAGAUUAAAUAGCAUCUUGAUCCGCGAUAUAAUAACGGUGUAUGUACCGUGUGCUAAGCCCACAAGCUUACUCCUUUGCAACUGUAAAGAACGAGAAUGUCCCCAAGUACGAAAUCUUGUGCCUUCAUCCACAACUUAUAAUAGCCUCCGACUGCGAAGGGACGGACGCAUUAGUUAGAUCACUGUAACAAUAUUAGAUUGAGCUCUGUUCAAAAAUACACAUUGAACUAUUUGCAUUCGCAACCUAGCAGCCUGGAUAUGUCUAUACCUACAAAUAAGGGUAUCACAUCUGGACCGACCUCCAACCCGCCCUUGGUCC